ACGACACUUUAGUUCAAGUGGUUACCACUCGAGCUGAUCAGUACGCCUUCUUUCAUCUCUUCUCUCUCUUCCUUUUUUUCAGAGCUCGCGCGCUGCCAGCUCAGCCAGUCUCCAUCAAGAGAGGCGUCCAUUCGCUUUUUCGUAUUUAUUUUUUCUAGCCAGCCGCCUCACAUCGCAUAUUUGAAUCAAGUAAUCACUGAAUGUCCGGUGUAGAGUCAUCCAGAAGACCCCCUCUUGCUGGCAAACCACCAUUUGCAACAGACGAUCCAGACGAACUUUUCGACCAACCAUCGCUUUCUAAGCGCCGUGUCCGUAAGCCAGCAGAACCAAAUCCCAACGACCGCACUUCUGCCUAUAACAUGUACGAUCAAUAUCUUGACGGUGAAGAUUCCUCCAACCGUCAGUCUGGUUUCGGUGCAGUCGGCCUUGGUUUCAUGACUGGGGACUUGAGUGACGAUGAGGACGAGGAAGUCCUUAUGCAUAAGCCUCCUAUGGUAACCGAAUCUAAGCAUGGUGCUAUGAAUGCAUCCCCGAUACCCCUCGCUGCUCCACGUCCCGGUUAUCCGGCACCCAUCUCAGCACUCAAUAUACCAUCUCCCGCUGCAACACCCGAAAUGAGACAAAUUGUCCAAGACCCUCCCGUGCACCAGCCUCCACAACCCAUGCCAAAUGCACUGAAAGCCAACCGCCCCCCAGCUGACAUAAAUAUCCAGCCACCACGUAUACCUGUCCCAAUCUACGAGACUCCUUCCCCUCGCCCGUCAGUCCCAAACACUCCGCAUCCUCUCCAGCCUCCAAUGACCCCAAUUACUCCCGUCUUUGCUCGUCCCGCCAAGUUACCCGCCCCAAGAAAUAUACAGUAUGCAGGUGACACAAUCAUUCGUGGAGGCUCAGAGGAUAACUUGGUGCCGAGACGUGGCCAGAAGGGAGAUGACUUCUGGAGGAGGUUCAGCAUCGUUGCGAAGGACGAGAAGAAGACGAGUUCUUGGUUGAUAAAGACACAGAAUGGGUCUUCAAAGUUGUCACGCUGGGUUUGGUUCGUUGGGAUCAUGUUUUUAGUUCUCAUUGCUGCCGGUAUCGGAAUCGGCUGGUACAUAUCUCAUAAGUCACCAUCGAAUACGGUCCCAAAGGCUAUCGGAGGCAGCGCCAAUGAAACCAUGAAUCCCACCAGUACUCGUGCAUCGGUCGGGGUUUCUACAUCUUCAUCAUUGCACGUGUCGCCUACAAACACGGUUGCACGCCGUAAUGAAGCCGAGCCCACACCUGCUAUCCGUGAGGCAAUGCAGGAGUUCUUGGAGGAGGUUGGCCAAGCUCCGGCGGCAAAAUUAAACGUGCCUGCCGGACGGAGCUGGAAACAUCGGCGCCGCGUCGAGAUCCAGUUCUAAGCUGCGUCUCUCGAACUUCAUUACAUUGCAGGAACUCUCCAUGAUUUAGGGUUCAUGCUCGGAUCUUCAUCUCGACAGUCUUUGCUUCUGGUUACUCACAAACCUUAACCCGUGUUCCAUUGUGGGGGUGUGCAUCCAUAGGCGUGAGCGCCUGUUCGUUCGUUUAAUCAAUCUCAUCACAGUACCAGCGUGAUUCGGACCUGUACUUAUCAGGUAUCGCAGCUCGGUCUCUAUCGCAUUUUUAAAAACUCAAUAUACAUUCUUCACGUCAUCCAACGACUUUUUUCUCCCUGGAGACAAUCCACCUUCCAUAACCUUUGAUACCAGAUAGAUACAUUGGCACAUGACGAUUGCUUGAGUACGAGAAUCGAGGUUACCAGCCUGUAUCAUUCAGCAAGUAUUGACUACUUGGGACUUCGGAAAUAAAUUUAUUAUACAAUGGU